AUGGCGGGGCGGGACGGCUCGUUCGAACAGGACCUGCUUGAGGGGCAGGUCGCCGGGCGGAGACGGUGCCAACAGCAGCACCAACACUCCCACCACCACCACCGCCAGCAGCAGCAUGCAUUCCGGGCGCCGAAUUCAUCCCCUCGGGCUGGGACUCAGGCCGCUGCAGCCGCCGCCGCCAGGCUUUUCUCCUCCGUCCCCGCCGGCGGCCACCGGAGUCGCUUAGGCUCUUUGGCCGAAGCCCAACUACCUUCGUGGCGCAGGCGCCGCCUUUUCAUGGCACCCCCCGGGCCGGCUUCUGGGGAUCCCCGCGCCCGCCGAGGCUUCUGGAAAGCGCCGAGCGGGCGGCGGUGGCGCGUCCUGGCGGCCUGCUUGACCUGCUGCACUCUGAUCGGCUGGUACACGGCCAGCAGCGUGAAGGACGCCGGGGCGCUUCAAGGCCCCCGGCGGGAGGAAAAAGACCCCGAGGCGGUGACGGUGCUGGUGUGGUGGGCGCCUUUCAGGAGCGGCGGCGGAGUCGCCGGCGCCUGCAUGCAAUUCAACAUCAGCGCCUGCCGCCUCUCCACCAACCGCAGCCUCCUGCCCCAGGCGCACGCCGUCCUCUUCCAUCACCGGGACCUGCAGAGCCAUGGCCUCGCCCAGCUGCCCCGGCAGAGGCCGCGGGACCAGCGGUGGGUCUGGAUGAACUUUGAGUCGCCCAGCCACACCGGGGGCCUGCGAGACCUGGGCGGCCUUUUCAACUGGACUAUGUCCUACCGAGCAGAUUCGGAUGUCUUUGUACCCUAUGGGUACCUCCAGCUUCGCCCGGAGCCCCUAGUCCAGUUGGCCUUGCCCAAGAAGACCAAGCUGGUGGCCUGGGUGAUCAGUAACUGGAAUGAAAGUCAAGCCCGGGUCGGUUAUUACUACCAGCUGAGAAGGUAUCUCCCCAUUCAUGUGUAUGGAUCUCACGGACUGAGGCUGAUGGACAACAACGUGGUGAAGACCAUCUCGGAAUACAAGUUUUAUUUGGCUUUUGAGAACUCCCAGCAUCAGGACUACAUCACGGAGAAACUCUGGAGGAACGCCUUUCAAUCCUGGGCUGUCCCCGUCGUCUUGGGUCCCCCGAGGGCCAACUACGAACAGUUUAUUCCUUCCGAAGCUUUCAUUCAUGCCAAUGACUUCUCCGACCCCCUGGAGCUGGCGGUUUACCUGAAAUUCCUAGAUAAAAACAAAAACAUGUACCGAAAGCAUUUCGCUUGGAGGAAACGAUAUGAUGUGAGGGUGACGUCCUUUUGGACCGAACAUUGUUGUAAGGUUUGUAACGUCGUCAGAGAGGUGGGGAAACGGCCCAAGACCAUCCAGAACCUCGCCAAGUGGUUUGAAAGUUAA